AUGGAUGAGAAUGGAGGAGUGAGAGCAGGAUGCAUUCGGAUCAGGUAUCGGUCACCACGGAAAAUCAUGGCUCGGUGGUUCUCCUCGCCGAGGAAGGUCAAAGGGAAGAAGAAGGCUAUGGCGGAAGGACGAGUGAGAGACUGUGACCCGGUUCGGAUCAUAAAUUUCUCGGAAGAUGGUCAUGGCGUCUGCAAAAUUUCAGAUUCGCCACCACAGACAAUCGACUCCGUAGAGGAGCUGCGACGAAGGGAGUUUUUGUUCAGCAUUGGAGUGAGUUGUUAUCUUCUACAUCUGAUUGCAACAGGUAGAGAAGAGAUUCACAAGAUAGUCGAGCUACGUAACGAUUUAGAGAAGUUACUUGAAUGUAAGAACGACGAGCUGAGGCGAAAACAGCAAGAGUUUGUCAAUUUACGUAGCGAUAUAGAGAAGUUUCUAGAAUGUCACAACGACCAAAUGGGGCUGAAACAGCAAAAGUUACUCUUUGGUGCGAAGCAAGAGCAAAGCGAAACAUCUCCGUAUUCCACCACAAGUGACGUUGUGGUAGAUGGUCCAGAAUCUUCUACUGAUCACUAUUACUCUCCACAGUUCUUGGAAACAUCUUUGUCUGUCGGACAUGAAGGCUCUUUGAAACAUUACCUAUUCAAGGGAGGGGAAGAAAUGGAUCAGCUUGAAGCAGAACUCGAAGCUGAGUUUGAGCUUCUAAAGAUUAGUCAAGACCAAGAGAGUAAAUGUUCUAAGCUCAAUGAUAUUUCAGAGCAGAGUGAAGAUUCAGAAGGAUUGAUGUUAAGAGAGAUGAUGAUGUGUCCAGGACCAAUGGAGGAACGACAAGGAGUGUGUCCGUAUGAGCUGGAGAGGAGGCUUCACGAGCUGUUGGAGACAAGACAAGAAGAGGAGAUAAAGGAGCUUGAGUUUGCAUUGGAAGAUGCUAAACUAAGGCUCCAUUCCAAGGAAGCUGAAGCCUCUUGGUGGAAAGACACUGCUUAUAUAAUCUCUGAACAUAUUCCACAACCUUCUAGAAUCACCUCCAACUCUCACUCUCAUCGUUACCCUCUCUCUCGGUGA